GUUGGAUGUUUUGCUCUGACUGUGGUUCAUCGCAGUCUCGUGUAGCCAUUUCUGGUUAGCUGCAGCACUCGCCGUCAACAAACACCUCUGCUAUGGCACAAGCUAACAACGUCUUUGACCCGAGCAGCUCUCAGAUCCAGGUGGAACACGAUAAGAAGCGUCGGCAGUUCGUUAUCAGGCUCAACGGAUCUCACGAUCGAGCCGUUCUUCUCUAUGAAUACGUCGGGAAGAAGACGGUGGACUUGCAGCACACAGAAGUUCCUGAUGCUUAUAGAGGGAGAGGGAUUGCCAAACACCUGGCAAAGGCAGCCAUGGAUUUUGUGGUGGAGGAGGACCUGAAAGCUCACUUGACCUGCUGGUACAUUCAGAAAUACGUCAAAGAGAAUCCACAGCCUCAGUACUUUGAACACAUCUAUCAAUGACCCUACAUGGCAACUUAAACGAGACUGUCAAAAGGGAAAUGCUGAGUGAUGGCAACCUUCCGAGCACUGUUGAAUGCAACGUCGAGUGAAUCCAGAUGAUCGCACCGAACUGUGUGUGAGCUGAACGUCGGGUCGUCAUUUAAAUCCAUAAACAUGAGUGGACUGCGUGCAGGAAGUGUGUGAAAUGGUAUCAAAAGAACCAAAAUGUGAUGCCUGAAAGGCCCGGGGCGGUUCUCAUCAGUGACUGGAAGCAAAUGCAAACGAGAGUCGAGCUCAGAUCCUGCAGUUUGCCGAUGGUCCUCACGGAUUGUGAGCUUGGACAUGACUGACUUGGUGUCUUGGUGGUUCCACUUGCACUCAGAUGGCAUUGACUUUUGUAUUACAGCCCCUUAUUUUAUACUUAUCAUUUUUUACUAGUUUUAGGUGUCACCCUCUUCCUCUUUAAAAUAGAAAUGUUUCUUAGAGCGGAGAUCUCAUGUGAACGAUGGUAUCUGAGAAACGCAUCCUAAAAUCACUUUAACCGUUUUACUUUU